UUUAGGCGGGUGUCCGCGGGGCUGUAAAUGUAAGCCGCGGGUUGAAUUCGAGUUUAGGCGGGAAAAUUAUGUUUGCUGUGCGGGCCCCGAGUGGCGCUUCCCGCCGACAUGUCGAAAAGCUCAGGGGUAACGUAGGUGUGAAAUGGAAUUCUUGACGAGGUAAUCGUAUUUUCGCAUCAUCAUUAACCGGGUGAUGAUUCUUUUACCAUCUCUCCUCCUCUGCCGCCGCCCUCAGCCAAUCACGCGCCGGAUCACAAUCAUCCUCUGUAAACAAUCCCCGCCAGCCACUCACGAGCCUCGUCGCAUCUCCCCUGGCUCGGCGCGGGCCAAUCAGCGGCGGGUGUGUAUCACGGAUCAAUCUCUCUGGACCAAUGGCAAGUGUGUUUAGAUAAGUAGGGAUUUCAGUAGCCAAUUACUGUCGUCAUUAAGUUGGGUGAAGCCUCAUUUGGUAAACUCGCCCCAUGGCUCGGGAGUUGUUUAGCAACAUCAAAUAUAUCAUCUGACACAGAGGAGGAGAGCUUAGUUGCUCGCUGGGAGCCGCGUGGGCAGGACGUGAGGCGUGAGGUGCUCAGCGAGGCCGUGACUGGCGCGUGACGUGACGACGCCUUGGCCGCCGCGGACGAUGACGUGUUUUGCUCGGCUGUGUUAGCAAAGAAAAAAGUUUUAUCAUGGAUUCUAGAUCAGUUUCUCCGGACUCUGUGUCGCCCCGUGGCCAGCCCCGCCAAGUGCCCCAAGGCCCGCUGCGCCCCGCCGCACCCGCCACCGCCGCCGCCGCGUCCCCCAUAGACCUCAGCUACUCAGUGGUGUCCAAGCUCAAGCCAGACGCUCCGCGGCCCACCACGGCCGCCGCGGCCUGCAGCGGCGCCGCCGUCAAGGCAACACACAGUGAACCCACCUCCACCUGCACCAGCACCACCACCACCACCUCCCACAGCGACCCCAGCAGGCCGCCUGACACGCAGCACCACCACCAACACCAACACCAGCAGCAGCAGCAGCAGCAGGCAUCCAGCGACAGCAAGGACGCCAGCAGCAGCCCGGCGCCCUGCUGCGGCGAGGCAAAGACACACAACACCGAGACCGCCGGCGGCGGCAGACACACGUCCUUCUCCGUCGUGGACAUUCUUGACCCCAACAAGUUCGUGGGCCGCGUGCAAGUGACCUCCAGCGAGGUGACGUCCUCCAUAGACGACGCCUCCCUCCACCCCGACACGUCAGCCAUGUGUGACUCUGACUCUGAGCUGAGCGUCGGCGGCGGUGGCGGCAGCGACGAGGGCGGCGAUGAGUGUGGCGACGACAAGACCGAGGAGGAGCUGGACGACGCGGGCGGCAACGCGGCCAAGAAGCGGCGCUGCGACACGGGCGGCGGCAAGCCCCGGCGGGCGCGCACGGCCUUCACCUACGAGCAGCUGGUGUCGCUGGAGAACAAGUUCAAACACACUCGCUACCUGAGUGUGUGCGAGAGGCUCAACCUGGCGCUGGCCCUCAACCUCACCGAGACGCAGGUCAAGAUAUGGUUCCAGAACCGACGCACCAAGUGGAAGAAGCAGAACCCGGGCUGCGACGUGAACCAGCCCACGCAGCCCCCCAGCCCGCCGGGCAUGCUGGGCUACCCGGGCGGCUUCCUGCCCCAGUCAGGUCCGCCGCUACUGUGCCCGACCCCGCUGGCCUACCUGGGCGGCAAUGGCGGCCACGCGGGGACCUCCAUCCCGGCCCACCUCACCGCCCUCUACCUCCACCACCUCAAGAACUGACGGGCAGCGCGCUGCCCCGCUCCCUUCGGCAGGUCCUGAGCUGCCGCCGCCCUCCUGCUGCAGCGCCCCAGUCUGGGGCGCCCAGCCGCCGGCGGCCGUCGCGUCGCGGGGGGCAGGCUCAGCCCGGCUGCCGCACACAGCCUGGUCAAAUACCAAAGUGUAUGUCUGUCUGUAUAUUGCAAUGUAAGUCGUGUCGGUGUUUUGCUGCCGCGCCGCUUACAGGCGUCCCUAUUGUUAUAUAUUUAAAUAAAUUUUAUUUAACAUAUUUCAUUAGU